AGUAUAUAUCAUACCCGUAACACAAAUCAGUUGAUUCUUCCAAUGCGAAUUUUUGUUAAAUGUUAAUUUUUCAAAUAUUUAAUGGACAAUUUAUAUUAAUUCAUAAGUUGAGUAUACAAAAUAAGUUGUUUCUAAUUUGUAAAAACAUUUUUCGACUGUAAGCGGUGGUCAGUUCAAUAUACAUGAGCAUGAAUGAAAUUCAAGAAUAGUAUAUUUAAUUUUUAUCUUUGGAAAAGAAAACAAUGAUUAAGACUGACCAAAUACUUCUCUGGCAUAAGUGUAAGGCUUGUUACAUACAAAAACUGAACAUGCAUUGGUUUUUUAUUAAAUUGCUAAGAACUCUAUGAAUAACAGAAAUUGUGCAUUUAAGUAUUAGUUAUGUUAAUUGUGUCAUAGACAAUAUUCUUAUAAAAUGGAUAUUGGAAUAGUUAAAAUUGCUGAAGAUAAGGAUUUUGAGAAGUUGAAACAUUUAUAUGAUGAUAAUAAUGAUUGGAGAUUAGAUUAUAAUAAACCUGAUUUAUCAGUUUGGACAAAAUCUGUAUCAGGAAUUAGUUUUAGAAUGGUAAAGAUUAGAACACGUUUUGCCGAUGUUCUACCAGAAACAUUAUAUGAUGUGUUACAUGAUCCUGAGUAUAGAAAGGUUUGGGACACCCAUAUGAUUGAAUCAAAAGACAUAGGCUUUUUUAAUCCAAAUAACGAUAUUGGUUAUUAUUCAAUGGCCUGUCCAUCUCCAUUGAAAAACAGAGAUUUUGUUCUACAAAGAUCAUGGCUUGAUACUGGUAUAGAGCAAUUAAUUUUGAAUCAUUCUGUUUUUCAUAAAGAUUAUCCACCAAGAAAACAAUUUGUACGAGCAACAUCUUAUCUUACAGGAUAUAUAGUAAGACCAUCUCGAAAUGGUGAUGGCUCUGAAUUAGGCUAUGUCUCUCAUACUGAUCCACAUGGAAAAUUACCAGUAUGGUUGGUUAAUAAAGUUACACAAAUAUUUGCUCCAAGAAUGGUUAAAAAAUUACAUAAAGCUUCUGUAGCUUAUCCUAAUUGGAAAUUACUUAAUAACCCAAAUUAUAAACCUUGGCAUUUCCCUGAACAAAUUGCAUCACCACGUAUAAGAAUUGAGGAUUGUGUAAAGUCUGCAGAAGAAAAAAAUUCAAAAAAUUAUUAUGUUGAUGAAUCAGAAUUAAAAGAGUCAGUUACAAUGGACAGUGAUUAGUUUUAUUCAUGAAGUAGAUGUUUCCAUUGUUAACAUUAAGAAAAUAAUAUAAUAGUUGAAAUUAUAAAAUGCAGUAUUAUAGAAGUUUGUAGUAUCAACAGAGCUUGAUGAAAGUUAAUUUAUUCGUGUAAAUGUGUAUAUAACUAUAUAUUAUCUAUAUACACAUCCACACAUCUAACUGCAAUUCAUUAAUUAUAUUGGUAAUAUUAGUAUCACAAAUAGUUAUAUGGCCUAUUGCAAUGAAUGACAGUAUGAUUAAUAAGAAUACAUCAUGGCCUGUCUUGUAUUAAAUAUUAUAUAGUUAUAGUUCCUUAUUGAAUCGGUGAUGUAUGUGUUGUUGAAAGUAUAAUUUGUUACAUGUGAUUCAACAUAACGCACAAUAUGCAGGUUGUAAUUUUUAAUUUAUGUGUUUAUCUAUUUUUAUUGUUUUAUGUGAGUAUUUAGGUAUUACAUAUAAUAAUUUUUGUAUAUAUGUAUAAAAAUUAUCAUUGAAGGUACAAAAGAUUUACAUAUUGUCUACAUUAAAUAUUUAUUAAGAUUAAUGCAUUAUAGCUCGAUACAUAGAUAAUGAUUGUAGCAUCUUAAUAUUACAAGUGCAAUUUUAGGAAUAUUAGAGAAAUCUUAGUGUUUGGAUACAAAAAUAGCGAUCACAUACAACAAUAUAAUUAUUAA